CCCUCAAACCCUAAUUUCCACGCCACCCACCCUUCUCUCUCUCUCUCUCUCUCUCUCUCUCUCUCUAUAUAUAUAUACAUAUGUAUGUAUCAUUUUCUUUUUCUUGAAAGAAAGCAACAUAAGCUAGCUAGCUGCUAGCCACGUUUUGGUGAGAGAAAAGCAAGGAAAGCUAGCUAGCUGCUGCAGAGGCAACGCCAAGACACUAACUACUCAACGCCACCGCCGUUCAGAACCCCGGCCGGAUCGAAACCCAGACUAUUAAGGAGGGGAAUCCUUCAAUCUUUUACGCCUUGUCAUAUAUAUUUAAUUUCUUCUUCUUCUUCUUAAUCUCAGAAUACAUACAUAUAUAUAUAAUCAUCCUCUCUCUCUCUCUCUCUCUCUCUCUCUAUGUAUAUCUGUUUUUGAGUUUUUUUCUCCAUUUCUCAGCUCGAUCGAUUUAUAUAUAUAUAUAUAUCGAUCCUUUACACUUCUGUUUAUCUUAUUAGUUGGGAGCAUCUUCAUCUGUGUAUGUCUUUGUUGUUUCUGCCUUAGAUCGUUCUUAGGUUUGUGGUCAACUGAUCACCUUAUAUAUAUCUUUUACUUAGAACAGGACCCCAAAGCCCCUUUUUUGAUCUGUUCUGAGAUUAAUUUCCAUUAUAUGUAUGCAGUACUACGUAGAUCGCUUGGGUGAAUGAAUCGUCCUGUCAAUUAAUCAUCAUCUUGAUCUGCCUCAAUAUUACUACUUCUCUUAAUUUUGAACCUAGCUAGAAAGCUAGUUCUCCAAACACAUGUCGAACCCAUGGUGGGCCGCGCAGGUGGGUCUGCCGGGAGUCGAAGCUUCCUCGGCAGGAAUGAAAAUACCAGAUCUAGGUAUAUCCAUGAACGAAAACGGCGGAAGCGGAGGCGCAGAAGAAGAGGAGGAAAGAGGGGACAACAGCGACGAGCCCAAAGAGGGGAUGAUCACCCGAAGGCCUAGGGGCCGCCCACCCGGCUCCAGGAACAAGGCCAAGCCGCCUAUUUUCGUGACACGGGACAGCCCCAAUUCCCUCCACAGCCAUGUCAUAGAGGUGGCGAGCGGCGCAGACGUGGCAGACAGCAUCGCCCAGUUCGCCAGAAGGCGCCAAAGAGGCGUGUGCGUGCUCAGUGCCACCGGCAUAGUCACCAACGUGACGCUGCGACAGCCUUCGGCUACUACAGCUCAAGCCAUGGCACUGCACGGCCGCUUCGAGAUCCUCUCCCUCACCGGCUCGUUCAUGCCCCGGCCGUCGCCGCCUUUACCGACGACGGGGCUGACAGUAUAUCUAGCUGGCGGGCAGGGACAGGUGGUGGGCGGAAGCGUUGUGGGUUCGCUAGUUGCGGCGGGGCCAGUUAUGGUGAUUGCAGCCACGUUUAUGAAUGCUACCUAUGAGAGGCUGCCCCUGGAGGAUGAAGAUGAAGAGGAAGGAACUGGAGGAGGCCAGCAGGGACAACAUGGUGGAAGCGGUGGCUCUCCGCAGCCGGGGAUUGGGGGCAGUGGGCAGAAUCAAGCUGCUGCUGCUGCAGGGUUGGGGGAGUCGUCAUCUAUGCCGGUUUAUAAUUUGCCACCAAAUCUGAUUCCUAAUGGUGGACAGCUGAACCAUGAUGCAUUUGCUAAUUGGACUCAUGCUCGCCCUCCAUCUCCUUACUAAAAGGUAAAAAAUCAUACAUUUAUAUAUCUAUAUAUGUAUCCUAAUAUCCUAUGGAGAGAGAGAGAGAGAGAGAGAGAGAGAGGGUUUGAGGAGAUUAGGGUUCAUAUCUGUACAUUCUUGCUCUUCUUCUUCUUCUUCUUCUUCUUCUUCUUCUUCGCAUAUUUGAUGAAUAAUAUAAGUUAGUUAAUUA